GAGCGGCCACUAAGAGCCGUGGUGUUGCGCCUCCAACGACUCAAAUGAGCUGCGUUCGCCGUUGAAGUCGCACGCGAAUUUAAAUUGCCAGUCGCUAUAUAAAAAGUACGUUACGAGAGAGUUAUUUUUGCGCCAUAGAAAUUCAAAGUGAAAAUCAAAUUUAGCCAACAGCACGACGCGUGCAUCUGUGUGUGUGAGUGAAAUUGUGAAAAUCGCAAAUUAAAGCCCAACGCCUAAAAAAAAGUAAAAAAGCGAAGCGCAUACCAAAGCCAAGUGCACUUGGAUUAAAGCACAAGAUCGAGACAAGAUAUAUACACAUAGAUAUAUUUACUGGACAUAAUUUCACUUUUUAUUGGAUUAGCUGCACUCUGAUUGGACCACAGUUGAACAGCUGCUGCCACAAAACAGGAAAUCUGCUUUGUUUUUAAUUUUUUUUUGGCUUUUUGGCAACUUUUUUGAAUGCCUGCGCCUCAACAUGGCACCGCAUUGUGAACAACGCUGGCUGAAACUCUUCUCGGGCUGCCUGCUGCCACUGCUGCUGUUGCUGCUCGUGCUGCAAGCUGCGGACGCCAAGCGCUCAAAUGCCAAUUUAACUGCCUGUCAGCAUUUGCGACGCGCGGAAACGAGACGCGCCAAGGCGCUGCAGCCCGUUGGAGCCGGAGCCGGAUCCGGAGGAGUCGCAACUGUGCGCAUACCGCGCUGCCGGAAGAGCGGUGAAUUCGAGAACAUACAGUGCGCUAAUGAACGGGCUGGCAAGGAUUGCUGGUGCAUCGAUGAGUACGGCGUGGAGCUGCCGGGCAGCCGGAAUGCAACACGUGCGGGCGUGCAGUGCCGUGAGCCGGCACAUUGUGCGGCCUCCGCCUGUCGCAUGUUCUGCCCGUCGGGCUUUGCGCGCGAUGCCCAAACGGGCUGCUCGGUGUGCCGCUGCCGUGAUCCCUGCGAUGGCCUGGAGUGCCCACAUGGACAGACAUGCCAGCUACAGGAGGUGCAGUGCAUCACGGAGCCCUGCCCGCCGCUGCCCACUUGCAAGAAGGCGCGCUCGCUGGCCAACUACUGUCCCGCCGGCCUGCCGCUUGCCAUUGAGGAUAGCGUGCGGCCAUUUUUGUGCGGCCUGGAUGCCGGCAAGCCGCAGUGCCCGCCGCUCUACCAGUGCAUGGUGGAGUCGGGCAACGACUAUGGUGUUUGCUGUCCCAGCGCCUUGACCUUUCAAAAGCCGGGCGUGUGUCCGGCGCCCGAGCAGUCGGUCUAUACGGAACGCACCGGUUACAUGUGCGGCGCACCCUGCAGCCACGAUCUGGAGUGCCGCAACCAAGAGAAGUGCUGCUUCACCAAGGGCUGCCAAUUCAAUUGUCAGCAGCCGCACAAUAUGACCGGCUGCCAUCAGGCCAAGGCCCUGGCCGAUGUGCUGGCCCUGAACGAGCGCGAGGGACGCGGUUAUGUGCCCGAAUGCAACGGGCCCGGCGGCCAAUACUCGCCCAGGCAGUGCAGCCGCAACGGGCUCGUCUGCUGGUGCGUGGAUCCGCGCACCGGGCACAAGAUCAAGGAGUCCAUGGGUGCGGCCAAUAGCGUCAACUGUGAGGGUUGGGAGAACAUGAUCAGUCGCUCCUAUGCGCGCAGCUUCCAGAUGGAGCAAUGCGACACAAACAUCUGCGCCGCCGUCUGCGAAUAUGGAUUCAAGAACGACCACAAUGGGUGUCCCACCUGCGAGUGCUCUGAGCCCUGUGAGGGCUUCAAGUGUGCCCUGGGCUCACACUGUGAGGUGGCCACGGAUCCAUUGUGCGAAUCGGGCUCCACUCUGUGUGCCUCUUGGCCCGUUUGCAAGCCGGAUCUAGCCUAUUCCAAUCCCUGUGACAUAGGCACACCGCUCUCGGACACGGUCAGCGGUGAGGUCAUGUAUUGCUUUGAGGAGCGACAGGCGCGCAGCUUUCAGCCAACUGCCUUCUUCGAGCCUGAGGCAGAGUCCAAGCAGGGCCGCUCCAUGAGCAACCGCAUCAUGUGCCCCGAGCAGUACAAGUGCACCAAGCUGCACCGCGAGGCAGAGAGCGUCUGCUGCCCACUGCCUGAACAGACCACAGCUACCGAAGAUGAGCAAACGACGAGGCAGCAAACCAUGUGCGAAUAUCUGCGCGAUUUCUCGGAGCGAAUGGAAGGCACCGAGGCGGGCAUGCAGCUGGCAAUGUCGGCGCCACGCUGCACGGACGAGGGUGACUAUGCGGGCCGGCAGUGUGAGCUGCGCAAGAUAAGCGUAACUCGGGCCGAACAGCGCCAAAUUCUGGAGGAGAAUACCAUAAGGCGCAUGCGCAUGCUGCUGGCCGGUGCAGCUGCUGCAGGUGCGAAACGCAGUCGACGCAAUGCGGAACGGCUGAAACUCUACCGUGUGAACGACAGCGCGCUGAAGGUGCAUGUCGCGGGCGCUGUGGAGCCGGCGCAGGCAAUGGGCCGGAGCGCCAAGGUGAUCGAUAUGGGCGCCGAACGGCAGCAGCAACAGCUAUUCGGCACGGACAUUAAGAAGGUGGCGCCGGCGCCGAAGCGACCCAGUGCCGAGGACGAACUGGUUGAGAUGGAGGUGGAGCAAUGCUGGUGCGUGGACAGCUUUGGCACGGAGAUACCCAAAUCGCGUGGCUACAAUGUCAGCGACGAGAGCUGCCAGCAGCUGCGCGUGGAACUGGACUGCCUGGAUCUGACCUGUCGCAUGGGCUGCGAAUAUGGCUUUGCCCUGGAUCCGGACACCCGCUGCCCGGCCUGCCAGUGCCGUGAUCCCUGCGAGGGUGUCAGCUGCGGAGAGGGCAAGGAGUGCCGCAUUGUGGAUGUCAGUUGCGAGGGCGAGUACUGCCCGCCAGUGCCCGCGUGUUUGCCACGCAAGCCCGGCCAGUGCCCCUUUCUGGUGCCACCGGGGCCGACGGAUAAUCUGGAUGCGAACAUCUGCGCCUACGAGUGCCGCACGGAUGCCCACUGUGAGGGCACACGUCGCUGCUGCUCGAAUGGCUGCGGCACGCAGUGCGUGGAGCCACAGCUGAAGACCGCCUGCCAGCAUCUGCAGGCCAUACAGCUGCAUCAGAGCUCCGAGCUGGGCAUACCCGCACGCCAGAUGACGGUGGCCCAAUGUGAUUCGAUUACGGGCAAAUGGGAGCAGGUGCAGUGCUCAUCCGAUGGCUAUUGCUGGUGUGUAAAUGCACAGGGUGAACAGCUGCCGGGCACCAGAGUCAAGACGCCGGAGACGCCCAUUUGCCGCGCCAACUCCAGCUACGCCUGCAGUCCGAUGAAGUGCGCCAACAGCUGCGAGAGCGGCUACCAAGUGGAUGCCCAUGGUUGUCCCAGCUGCGAGUGCCGCAAUUAUUGCGCCGAGGUGAGCUGUGCCAGCGACGAGGAGUGCCAGCUAAUCAGCGUGGAGUGCGUGGACACGCCCUGCCCUAAGAUGCCCAUCUGUGUGCCGCGACGCGCCUCCGUCUGUGCCGAGGGAAAGCCCCUGCAGCAGGGCGAACUGGAUGUCAGCUGUGGCCCGCACAGCGAGCAGGAAAGCUGCCCGACCACGCACACCUGCCAGCUGAAUCCGGUCAGCAAUCGUGGCGUAUGCUGCUCCAAGACGCGCGAUGUCUGCUUCGAGUCCAUGGAUCCCCUGUGCCUGGCCAGCAACCAGAGCGUGCGCAAUGCCACACGCUAUCGCUUCAGUCCCAAGGCCAACAAAUGCGUGCCUCUGACCAUAGAUGCAACGUCAACGGCCUGCCAGACCAAGAAUCUGUUCCACAACGAGCUGGCCUGCAAUUCCGUGUGUCCAGUGCUCACCCAGUGCGAACGGCUGAAACUGAAGAACAGCCUGGCUGCGCAGCGCAGCGGCCACUCCUCCGUCUGGUUCCAGCCACGCUGUGAUCCCAUCACCGGCCACUGGAUGCCCGUGCAGUGUCUGGGCAAGCAGCCGGCGCUGCCAGCACACCACACCGAGAUUGUGAGUCGCGCCUUUGCCAGCAGCAGCAGCAUCAGCAGCUCGGAGCAGACGCCGCCCAGCCCGUAUGGCGUCUGCUGGUGUGCGGAUCGCAAGGGAGCACCACUCAAGGGCACACUAACGCGCGAUAUUGAGCCCACCUGCAACAGUCGACAGGCGCGCAAUCGCAAGAAUCUGGAACUGGGUGAUCCGUUGAUGGAGCAGCUGAUAGCGCAGCUGACGCAGCUGAACGACGUGGACAGCUUGGGCUUGGAUCUAGAUGAAGUGGAGGCCAAGCUGGCUCAGCCCAUUACAGCAAUACCCGCUGAAAGCGUCAGCGAGCGCGUCAUGGAGCUGACCAAUUCGCUGCUGGACUCCCAGCUCUCCGUGGAGGUCGCGCCCAUGCAGCUGAAUACGACACGCUGUCGCGCUCUCGCCGCCACCGCCACAUUUAACGUUAGCUGCGACGAGGCGGGCGCCUUUCGUCCGCUCCAAUGCAAUGGACGCAGCUGCUGGUGCGUCGAUGCCGCCGGCAAUCAGCUGCAGGCAUCACAUGUCUUCGGCCAGGGCGACAAACGCUGCGAUCCGGUGCCCAUCGAGGCGGUCUCCAUUGAGCUGCACAUGACCAACACCAGCGGCGGCGGCGACGGCAGUGUGCGCAAUGUCUACGAUUCCAUACGGCGUGAGCUGCAGCAGCUGCUCGGCUCCGUUGUCGAGAACCUGCGCGUCCAGGAGAACUUUGACGGGUCGGUCAUUGUGCGCUUCGAGCUACACAACGAGGCCAAGGUGGACAUGGCCUUUGGCAUUGAGACGGCCAUACAGGCCGGCGGCUUUCAUCUGGUUGGCGGUCGAUUCCGUCCGGAUUUGACGCGGUCGCAUUUCAUCUAUCGUACCGCUGUGCCUUCCGUGGCGCAGGCACGAGCCACCGCACCCGAUGAAUCCGUGCAGCUGGCCAUGUUCGUAAUGGCUAGUUGCUCGGCGUUCCUCGUCAGCGUCUUUGUCGUCUAUGUGAUGCUCAAGCGGGGCUGGCACAAGACGGGCGCACUACACAAAAAUGCCUACGACUAUCCGAAGGGCGUGGCCGGCAGCUGUGAGAAGCCGCUGGACUUUUCGCUGCCCAUUUUCGUGCUGGACGACACGCAGCCGGAGAGUAUUAAGGCCGCCAAGGCGUAGUUGUGUUUAGUUUAGUGAAAUCAAUUUGUAAAUAAAUUUUUUGGCUAGACGCCGCUUGGCGCCGCCUCGAGUGGUGCAUGCCCCACAUCCGGAAAAUGCUGAGAGAUGGCGGGGCACUUAUCAUAUAUGUAUGUACUUUCUAGACGCAUUAAACGACUAAUUUAUGAAUAAAGCUUUAAAAACGAA